AUGUCCGUCUUCAUAUUUGCACUAGCUAUUCCUUAUAAUCACUGGAAUCACAAAGAGAACAGAAUUGGCUUCGUAGUCAUAUACUUACUGACAUUUUUCUUUUCCAACUUCGGCCCAAAUGCAACAACCUUCGUUGUCCCAGCAGAAAUCUUCCCUGCCCGGCUAAGAUCAACUUGCCACGGCAUAUCUGCUGCAGCUGGAAAGGCUGGUGCUAUUGUAGGAGCAUUUGGUUUCUUGUAUGCAUCACAGCCUAAAGAUCCGAACAAUGCCGGAAGCGAAUGGAAAUCACUGGAGGAGGCAUCAGGUGAAAAUGAAUUGAAUGCUGAUGAGAUAACAGAGCACACUGCUCCUUUCCACAGGACUGUUCCAGUUAAUAGUCUGAAGCUAGUGAUAGAGUUUGUAGAGAACGAAUUCAUCAUAAGGAGGGCAAACCUGAGGAAAAGUGCAGUUCUUGGUUCAAUAACUAUUCCCAUCGAAAAUGAAGGUCAAAAUGCUACUGCAUGGUAUACUUUGGACAGCCCAUCUGGGCAGGUUCUUUUGCCGAUGGAAAAAGGAGACAUUCAUGGUCAAUAUUCUGAUCUUCUUAGACUCUUUGAAUAUGGUGGAUUACCCCCCAAAUCUAAUUACUUAUUCUUGGGGGAUUACGUGGAUCGUGGGAAGCAAAAUCUGGAAACGAUCUGUCUUCUACUUGCCUAUAAGAUAAAGUAUCCUGAAAACUUCUUCCUUUUGAGGGGAAACCAUGAAUGUGCAUCGGUCAAUCGUAUAUAUGGAUUUUAUGAUGAGUGCAAAAGAAGAUUUAAUGCGAGACUCUGGAAAACAUUCACAGAUUGUUUUAAUUGCCUACCCGUGGCAGCUGUUAUAGAUGAAAAGAUACUGUGCAUGCAUGGAGGACUCUCUCCUGAUCUGCAUGAUCUGGAUCAAAUUAGAAAUAUGCAACGUCCAAUGGAUGUUCCAGAAACUGGUUUACUUUGUGAUUUACUAUGGUCCGAUCCCAGUAAAGAUGUCAAAGGGUGGGGAAUGAGUGAUAGGGGAGUGUCCUAUACAUUCGGUCCUGAUACGGUAACCGAAUUCCUUCAAAAGCAUGAUCUUGAUCUUAUAUGCCGUGCCCAUCAGGUCGUUGAAGAUGGUUACGAGUUUUUUGCUGAUAGACAGCUUGUCACAAUAUUCUCAGCCCCCAAUUACUGUGGAGAAUUUGACAAUGCCAGUGCCAUGAUGAGUGUGGAUGAAACUUUAAUGUGCUCAUUUCAAAUUCUGAAGCCUGCGGAAAAGAAGCCAAAAUUUUGA